AUGACUCGUUUCUUCUGCUGUGGAAGCUACUUCCCAGGCUAUCCUUGCUAUGGAACCAACUUCCACAGGUCCUUCAGAGCCACCCCCUUGAACUGCGUUGUGCCACUGGGCUCUCCCCUGAACUAUGGCUGUGGAUGCAACGGCUACAGCUCGCUGGGCUACAGCUUUGGUGGUAGCAACAUCAACAACCUGUGCUGCGGCUAUGGUGGCAACUUCUGCAGGCCAUGGGGCUCUGGCUCUGGCUUUGGCUAUAGCACCUACUAA